AUGCAGAGACCGCCGCGGCCCACGACCCGGCCUGCUUGGCCUGCAACGGACGCCGCAGCCUCACCAGCUCCUCUUUCAAGCGAUGCAUAUGUUCCAGUGUCUGAAGAGGCGCCCAAGCGCCAGAAAAGAGGGCGGGUUUGGGGAGCCAUGCAGCGGGCGCCUGCGCCUGCCGCUGCUCAGUCAGAGGAAGACUCAGAUGGGGAACAGUGCAUUGCGUUUGAAGGUGACGAGGGCCUCGACGUAUCAUUUCCUCUGAAAGCUGUGGAAAAGAUGUUUCGAUGCCCCUUGUGCAGCGGCUACUUCCGAGAUGCCGUUACCAUCAAGGAGUGCCUCCACACGUUCUGCCGCUGGUGUCUGUACGACUACGCUGAGGGCGGAGAAACAGAAGAGGUGUGCUGCCCCUACUGGGCAGGUAAAGACUCUAGACAUUACAUGCCGCGGAUAACAGCAGCUUGCGUGGCGGGCGCGGGGAGCGUGGUGAACCUCAGCGGCAACAGCAGCGUUUCCUCGGGAACAGCAGCCGCAGCAAACGCUGCAGUUCUGUUUGACCGCACCAUGCAAAACGUAGUGGACAAAUUGUUCCCUCACUUUGCGCAGCAGGAACGCCUGGAGGAGGAGGAGCUGCAGCGGUAUAUGCAACAGCACCAGCACAAGCAGUUGCCACCCGAAUACCUCGCAGGCGGCCUCUCCUUAGCUCGCUCCCUCAGGCGCGAGGCCAUCUCUCAACGGCGAGCUCGCCUGGAGGCAAGAGCUGCCACAGAGGAGGCGCUUGGUCCUCAUCCACUAGAACCUCCCAUGGCGCCAGAACCCCAGCAGCAGCAGCAGACGGACGAUGUUUCUCGUGACGAGGGACACAGGGAACAGAGGGAGGGCCUGCGCAGCAGGACUAUUUCACGAUCCCAGCAGCAGCAGCAAGCGCAGCUUCAGCAGUCGCUCGACGAGUUUGUUGACCAGCUGCUAGGUUCUACAACCUGCUUUGAUGAGCAGCAAACAAUAGCCAUUGCUUUGCUACCAGAUACAUACCAGGGACAGCUGAUGGAGGCUCGAAUGCAGUACCAAGCCCUUCAACUCUCUCACGCCCCAUUGGAGGGCUCUCAAAUUGGCAUUGGGGGUCCCCAAGAGCCACAGGACCUUUUGGGGCUGCCGCUAAAGCUUCCGCACAUAGACCGCCCGUACUUACGUGUACCCAGCCGCAUGUCCGUACAACUGGUGCUGCGGUACUUGGCAUCGCAGUUGCAGCCGCUGCUUACUGUAAGCGGCCCCACGGGGGCACCCCGAAGUAGCGCAGGAGGUCCAUGCAGUGAACACGGCGGUGAAGAUGUGCUUCUCUCUGAGGAUCCGUUCGAUCUAGAGGCCGCCCUAGAGCUUACUCUAGAGGGGCGUGUGCUCGGCAGGAGCCACUCGAUUGACUUUGUGCGCAAGGCACGACGUCUGAACUGCGCGGGCAGGUGUUUGCUGCUGCAGUACCGAUAUUCAUCCCAGACAGAGGCUAGGGUUCUUGCCUACCACCUCUCUACGGUCGAGCGAAGCCCAGGAAAGGUUCACCAAUCACCCUCUGCAGCAGAUGGACCUCAAGGAACCACAGACGACCCAACCAGUUAUUCGUGA